CUAGUUGCUUAGUUGUGUGACCAGGACUGAACCAUAACGAGUGAUUGAGUAAUGAGUGGCCAAAAUCUACCAUAAGUUCUCUUUGGGUACUCCGAAUCUGAUCAAAUUUAUGUAUCCACAAAUAUCAACUCAUGUAAAAGUAGAAACAGGAUUUUCCAUAUUUGAAGUACAACAGUGCUUCCUCAAGAGGCUUGGCUUGGUUCCAAAACUGAUCAAGUGUGAUGAAGGAGAGCUCUGAAUCCUCCCAAAAGCUGGGUUCAUUUCUAAGCCCAGGGGCACCACACUAUAGAGAAAAAAGCCUUGGGAGCAAUAAGGGGUGGAGCUCAGAGAGGGUGUUGCAGCCAGCAAGUAGCAGCAGCAGCAUAAAGCAUGCGAGUGUGACUAACUUCACACCCUUCAACAGUGGAAGAACAAUACCCUCAAAAUGGGAUGAUGCUGAGAGGUGGAUUUGUAGCCCAGUUUCAGGCUAUGCUAAUAACAAAAGUUCUAAUGCACAACUUCAGCAGCGACCCAAAUCAAAAAGUGGUCCAAUUGUGCCUCCUGGAACAGCAUACUACUCCAAUUAUUCACCUACAAUUCCAUUGAGCCAAGGUUUGGUAGUGAAGAACUUAAUGAUGGGUUCCCCUUUUUCAACCGGAGUGUUGGCACCAGAUGCCCUUUCUGUUCACCAUUAUUAUGCACAUGACACUGUUUUUGGUCCCCGCUUUGACAUUGACAAUAAUGUACAAUGUUUUAGUCCUUUGCUCAAUGAAAAUAGUGUAGCUCUCCCAUCAGUGUCUAGUGCACCCAUGUGGUCAGAAUUGCAGUGCGAACCGUCUUCACCUUAUUCUCAAGAUGAGAAACAAGAUGGAACUAAGAACGAGGACUCUGUUGUAUCUCCUUUCUCAAAACGUGAUAAAGGCACCCAAAUUAGUCCUCAGGAGACUGAGAAUGAUGCACCCUCAUCACUAAAAUCUUCACCCAGUUUGGGAAAAGAUCAACAAAAUGGCCUUUCCACUAAGUUAGAGAUCAGAGAUGUGCAGGUAGACUGUCAGGCUACUGUUAUUAGAUGGUCCAAAAACUAUGCCCCCAAGCUCAGCUUUCUACCUGGUAAAGACUUCAAGAAAAGCACUACGGAUAUUGCUGAGUCAACAUUGGACAUUUCCAAGUUUCAGAGAGAGGAAGCAAAAAUCAAUGCAUGGGAGACUUUGCAGAAAGCAAAGGCUGAAGCUGCAAUACGAAAACUAGAGAUGAAUUUGGAAAAGAAGAAAUCAUCAUCAAUGGAUAAGAUACUAAACAAGUUGAGAAGGGCGCAGAUGAAAGCUGAAAAGAUGAGAGGCCAAAUAACAGUGCAAAAGGGUCAGCAGGUUCCCAAGACUUGGAAAGUAUUUUCAUUCCACAAAUAUGCCCAGAUAAGGCCUCCAAGCAGCUGCUUCGGCUGCCAUGCUCCAUGACAUGAUUAAUCCCUCAAAUCAUUUUGUCCCCAUAAACGAUGGAGUAAUCACAUUUCAAAUCAUAGGCCAUUUUUGUUUUGUUUGCCCUUCUCCAUUUCCUACUGUGUCAAUAGUGAAUUACUAGUGUCUUAAUGCAUUUGAUAUGUUUGCCAUUAUGCACAAGACCAAUAGUAGAGCCUUCUCAUUAUGUCCCCAAAUUUGUUACUAGUACCAAUUCGAAAUUUGUUUCAUCUCAGUAAAAAGAGAAUAUUUU